AGACAUUGAGAUUUUCCGUUAUAUGUCAAAAACAAUAACAAUAUCAUGAAUAAGAUAAAUCAUUUAUGAAGAGGUUAGCGCGUUAAAUACGAGGAAUGGAGCUACGUAGUACACGCCAUAAUAGCGAUUACGAGGACUUGGCGGCCAUUCUCGAAGGCCUUGGUCUGCAUGAAGAGAAUAUGGAGUUGCUAGAAAUGAGAGAAAUUUUAAGUGCUUUGCAACAAUCGGUCGACAAUAUAGACACGGAUGACAAUGCUGCGCCUGAAGGUGAAACGGAGUUUAUGUCCAAGCGUAGUGAUGGCGUUUUUAACUCUACAAUGCUAAAGGAUAACAGUGCACAAAGUAGUGGAAGUGAAAGCGCCGAUAAUUCGGGAGUAAGGGAAAGAAUUUUUGUCCAAGCUCAAGUUCAUCACUCUUUGGAUUGGACUCCGGAUUGGUGGAAUCAACAAGAAGACUUGCAACCCGCUCAGCCUUCGACAACUUCUCCUACGUUUGAUAAUAACAGUUUUUCUAUUUAUAAAGAUCCUAAACAAUACGACUCCGCGACAAUGCAACAAUCGGAGACAGGUAACGAGGAUUUUCAUGAGCAAAGGGGUCCUGUAUCCGUGCGACAAGGUGAUGAUUGUCAGGAGCAUUCAGUUUCAACAUCGUUUUCAAUGAGUGGCAGUGCAUUAUCGUCUGGUAAUAGCCAAGUUAGGGAACGACAUUUAGAGCUCAGCACUAGCAGUGCUGUUGUAUCGGAUCAGGAAGAAUCAUCGAAUCUUAAUGAUUGCGAUGAGCUAUCUAUUUAAUGUGAAAGCAAAGAAUCAGCA